CUAGGGUGAGAGAGGUCAGUGUGAAUGUUGUGUAGUUAAUCACUUUAAUUAGCAUUGAAAAGCUUAUCUGCUGUCUUCUUCCUGCCUCUGGGGCAUCCUUUGUUUAGAGUCGUUAACUGCCCUUGGUUGAUUCAUGUCUGGAAAUCCUCUGUUUUCAGAGUAUUGCUUUUUAUUUACUGUUCUGAUUUUUGAGUUUUUUAAUACUGGUAGCCAGAUUUUGUUCAUUUUCAUGGUUUCUUCCUUUCUGUUGAAGUUGUCCACAUGCUUGUGGAUUUCAAUGGCUUCUCUGUGUAGUCUGACAUGAUAGUUGUUAGAAUGGUCCAGCAUUUUUGUGUUCUCAAAUAGUAUUCUGUGUCCAGGCUGGUUCAUCAAAUGCUCUGCUAUGGCUGAUUUCUCUGGUUGAAUUAGUCUGCAGUGCCUUUCAUGUUCUUUGACUCUUGUUUGGGCGCUGCGUUUGGUGGUCCCUAUGUAGACUUGUCCACAGCUGCAUGGUAUCCGGUAGACUCCUGCAGAAGAGAGAGGAUCCCUCUUGUCCUUCGCUGACCGUAGCAUUUGUUGGAUUUUCUUCGUGGGUCUGUAGAUAGUUUGUAGGUUGUGCUUUUUCAUCAGCUUCCCUAUGCGGUCAGUAGUUCCCUUGAUGUAUGGUAAGAACACCUUUCCUCUGGGUGGAUCUUUGUCUUGACUCUCAUGGCUUGUUCUUGGCCUUGCAGCUCUUCUGAUGUCUGUGGUGGAGUAUCCAUUGGCAUGUAGAGCCCAGUUUAGGUGGUUGAGUUCACCUUGGAGGAGGUGAGGUUCGCAGAUUCUUUGUGCACGGUCUGUCAGGGCUUUGAUUGUGCUCCUUUUUUGACUUGGGUGAUGGUUGGAGUUUUUAUGAAGGUAUCUAUCUGUGUGUGUAGGUUUUCUGUAAACUGUGUGGCCCAAUUGUUGAUUGGGUUUGCGGAUGACCAGAACAUCUAGAAAUGGCAGUUUUCCUUCCUUUUCUUUUUCCAUGGUGAAUUGGAUGUUUGGGUGGAUGCUGUUAAGAUGGUCCAGGAACUUGCUGAGUUCUUCCUCUCCAUGGCUCCAAAUUGUGAAGGUGUCAUCUACGUAUCUGAACCAAACAGUUGGCUUUUUUGGUGCUGUUUCUAGGGCCUGUUUUUCAAAGUAUUCCAUAUAGAAAUUUGCUACUACUGGGCUGAGAGGGCUCCCCAUGGCCACUCCAUCCUUCUGUUCAUAGAAUCCAGUGUCCCACUGAAAGUAGCUAGUGGUAUGCCGUAAGCAACAGCCAAAGCCAGAACUGGAUAAAUCACGGACCAUCAUCAACCUGACAGACAGACAACUCACUGAAGACCAAGUAACCAUUCUAGAAAAAGGAGGAAAUUUUGCAGUCACCACUACCAGGAUCCCAGUAGAAAACAUCAUUGCCAAUGUUGAAUCAGCAAUUUACCAGCUCCCUGAGGAAGAAGCAGAGGAGGUAAGAAUGGAAACAGCAAGGAUCCUGAGAAAUGCAAAACUCCCCCCCAGCAACAUAACGAGAAAAGAAAGACAGGCCAUCAAAGAUCUCAACUCAGAUCCUGAAAUCAUCAUUCUUCCAGCUGACAAGGGGAAUGCCACAGUAAUCAUGGAAACAAAACAAUACAAAGAAAAAAUCAGACAACUUCUAGAUCCCACAAUUUACAAGAAACUGAAACAAGAUCCCACUAACAAAAUCACCAGAAAAACGAACGCUCUAAUCAAGAACUCCUCCAUUAACUUUGACAUACGCCAACAGCUGUGCAAAUCAGAAGCCCUCCCACCCAGGCUUUACGGACUCCCCAAAAUCCACAAGGACUCCAUCCCACUCAGACCCAUUGUAAGUGCCAUUGGAUCGCCGACUUACAACCUGGCAAAAUUUCUGGCUACACAGCUACAAACCCACAUUGGGCUCACUGCACAUUAUAUCAAGGACUCUACACACUUUAUAGAAAAGAUCAGCAACCUCAAUCUAAGCACCAAGGACAUCCUGAUCAGCUUUGAUGUGGUGUCCCUUUUUACCAAAGUCCCAGUAGCUGACACCCUCACACUAAUCAAACAAAACUUCCCAGAAGACAUCACAGCCCUGUUUCACCAUUGCCUCACCACUAGCUACUUUCAGUGGGACACUGGAUUCUAUGAACAGAAGGAUGGAGUGGCCAUGGGGAGCCCUCUCAGCCCAGUAGUAGCAAAUUUCUAUAUGGAAUACUUUGAAAAACAGGCCCUAGAAACAGCACCAAAAAAGCCAACUGUUUGGUUCAGAUACGUAGAUGACACCUUCACAAUUUGGAGCCAUGGAGAGGAAGAACUCAGCAAGUUCCUGGACCAUCUUAACAGCAUCCACCCAAACAUCCAAUUCACCAUGGAAAAAGAAAAGGAAGGAAAACUGCCAUUUCUAGAUGUUCUGGUCAUCCGCAAACCCAAUCAACAAUUGGGCCACACAGUUUACAGAAAACCUACACACACAGAUAGAUACCUUCAUAAAAACUCCAACCAUCACCCAAGUCAAAAAAGGAGCACAAUCAAAGCCCUGACAGACCGUGCACAAAGAAUCUGCGAACCUCACCUCCUCCAAGGUGAACUCAACCACCUAAACUGGGCUCUACAGGCCAAUGGAUACUCCACCACAGACAUCAGAAGAGCUGCAAGGCCAAGAACAAGCCAUGAGAGUCAAGACAAAGAUCCACCCAGAGGAAAGGUGUUCUUACCAUACAUCAAGGGAACUACUGACCGCAUAGGGAAGCUGAUGAAGAAGCACAACCUACAAACUAUCUACAGACCCACGAAGAAAAUCCAACAAAUGCUACGGUCAGCGAAGGACAAGAGGGAUCCUCUCUCUUCUGCAGGAGUCUACCGGAUACCAUGCAGCUGUGGACAAGUCUACAUAGGGACCACCAAACGCAGCGCCCAAACAAGAGUCAAAGAACAUGAAAGGCACUGCAGACUAAUUCAACCAGAGAAAUCAGCCAUAGCAGAGCAUUUGAUGAACCAGCCUGGACACAGAAUACUAUUUGAGAACACAAAAAUGCUGGACCAUUCUAACAACUAUCAUGUCAGACUACACAGAGAAGCCAUUGAAAUCCACAAGCAUGUGGACAACUUCAACAGAAAGGAAGAAACCAUGAAAAUGAACAAAAUCUGGCUACCAGUAUUAAAAAACUCAAAAAUCAGAACAGUAAAUAAAAAGCAAUACUCUGAAAACAGAGGAUUUCCAGACAUGAAUCAACCAAGGGCAGUUAACGACUCUAAACAAAGGAUGCCCCAGAGGCAGGAAGAAGACAGCAGAUAAGCUUUUCAAUGCUAAUUAAAGUGAUUAACUACACAACAUUCACACUGACCUC